AGGAAUUGAAUCCAAAUUGAAGAGAUUUUUAAUUUGUGCCCUCCAUUUUAGCGGAUGUUUUUGGCGAUGGUGCAGUAUUUUCAAAAUCCAUCCCGCUCUCUUCCCUUCACUCCAAUUCAAAUCGACACGAACUUUCUUUUGCCCUUUUUUUAAUUUGUAAAUUUCAAAUUUUGUAGAUCUGCAGCUUAACAACAACAACAACAACAACAAAGAAAAAACCCUAACCCACAAACCUUUUCAAUCGGAUUCUCACCUCUAACCCUCUUCCUUUUUCAGAUAAACUUGCAGAUUUCGCGCCAAUCCUUUCAAGUUCGCUCCUUUUUCUCCGAUUCUUUCAAUAAACCCAUGUCUUUCUUUUGAUUUUUCAACACCAUUAUCUUGCAUUUCUACUGGGUUUUUACCUUAUGGAUGAUCGGCGCGAUUCCACAAUCGUUUCAGACUUGUUUUUGUCCACACCCAGAUCGAAAACCAAGACUUUAGGUGAGAAGAGGAGUAGUAGUAGUAAUUUUGAAGAACAGUGUGGGUCUGAUCUUAAGAGGAUAAAGUUGCCAGAUUCUGGAUCCAUGUGUGGUUCUCAAGCGAUAAAUGUUCGUCAGGAGAAUUGUUUGAAAACUGAUGAAGUUAGUGAGGAAUGUCAGACGGUUGAAGAAGAGAGGUUACAAGCAAUUGAUAUGUCUAAGAAAUUGGAUGUUUUUGCCUCACUAGCUGAAAAGGCUGGGGAGACUAAUGUGUCAUUGGGGGCGGUCAGCACUACCCUUAGGCCGCUGGAUCUUAAUACUGAAAUUUGUGUUGCUAAAAGUUCAGGUUCUGGUAACAUGGAUUUGGUUAACAUUUCUAAAACACAACGCAGGCUCAGGAAUGAUAAUGGCAAUCAUGUAGGUGCAAGAGGCAUUGAUUUAGAUCUCAAUGUUGAAGAUGUUUCUAGCUCUGUGAACUUGGAAACUGCUCACCCUCCGAAGAACUACAGUGAGUUGAAGUCACAUAACUCCUCUGAAUGUGCUAGCUCUGCAGGUCCAUUGGGAGAGAAAGAUCCACUAAGUAUAUGGAAGGAGAUGAAGCAAAAUGGAUUUCUCUCGGCUUCUCAUGGAGGCAUACCGGCACCAAAGCAACGCGGGAGGAAAAGUAAAAACGAUGCCUUUAAGAAAAAAAUGGAGAUUGCAAAAAGAGAGAAAAAGUUGGAGCUUGCAAAGAAAGAGCAGAUUGAUCGGUUUACAAAGAUUGCUGCUCCAAGUGGUUUGCUUACUGAACUCAAUCCUGGGAUCAUAAACCAUGUACGAAACCGGAAACAGGUCCAUUCAAUUAUAGAGGCCAUUGUAAGGUCUGAGAAACAGGAAAAUGAGCGCAUAGCUAAUAAGCUAGAAAAAAGACAUGCUGCUAAAGCAGGAGCCAAAAGGGAUCUUGAAAACACUCAUGAUCCAGACAUAAAUGCAUACGGCUCUUCUCAAGGAUAUGGCUCUUCAAAUAACAUUUCUGCUGUCAGGCAAAAAAGAGGAUGCUCCUCGACAAGAUCAUUGAUAACAGAGGCUGAAGUUGUGGAUCGUGGACAAAUCAUGUUAGAUCGAGCCACUGGUAAGAAUUAUGCCUCACAAUUGAAUACCACUAACGAGAAAGAGACUCUUGCACUUGAGCUGUCAUCAUCACAUGCUGUAUCUGAGAAUGCUUGUCCAGUGUCUAACGAUGAAGAAGAAAAUUUGACUUGUAUUUCAUCUCUUUCUCUUAAAGCGGCUACUGUUGCAUCUCAGUGGUUGGAUUUAAUACAUCAGGACAUCAAAGGGCGUCUUUCAGCUCUGCGACGGAGUAAGAAAAGAGUUCGAGCAGUUAUUUCAACAGAGUUGCCAUUUCUAAUAUCUAAAGAAUUUCCAUCUAACGAAGAAAACGAUCCAUUUGUUUCAAAGAGUUCUCAGGAAGAAAGUUCAGUUGUUUCCUCGGCUGAUAUCCAUCAAGCAAGAUGGACAAAGCUGUUUGAUCAGAUGGAUAAAGCUCUUGCUGAAGAAGAGAAACAAUUAGAAAGUUGGUUGAACCAAGUAAAAGAAAUGCAGAUCCACUGUGAUCAAGGGCUGUCUCAUGCUCAGUCAAAUGUAGCUUUCGGCUCACAGCAACUGGGAGAAAAUGACUUGAGAACAAGAAAAAUGAGUAGCACAGAGAGAGCAUUAGCUGUGGGGGCUGCUGCAGCUUCCAUAUAUUCAACUUGCAACUUUCUCUUCUCAGAGAAUGUAUCCUGUUUCUGAUUUUUUUUUUCUUUUUUUUUCCUUUUUGGCUAAUUUGUAGCUUUGUAAGCCUUAAAUGUGCAAAAUGCUGCUGUGGUAUAGUGAAUAGGUUUUUUUUUCCUCUUUAAUCCUUUAAAGGCUGUUCUGAGAAGGAAAAAGAAAAAAAAAAGUGUACUUUUUGAGUUUGUAACAUAAAAAUCAAGAGGCAUUAGUUUCACAGCCUUCAGAGACUAUUGGCAUUCUUGUUUUUCUCUUUUUAA